GCUUCCCCUGUGUAUAUUGUUUUACUAAAAAGAGCUUCCUCUCUUCUCUACUUCUUCUUCUUCUCCGGCGACUGCGAUUUCGAGAUUAUCAAACAUCAAGAGAGAGCUUGUAUAGUUUCAGAGUCCCCUCUAAUUGGAAAUAAUUCGAGUUCUCUAGUCGGAAGCUAAUGAGUUACUGAGUGUGAAAUUCCCACCGACGUCAGAUCUUUUCUUCGGAUUCAUUAGAGAUGACGAACGAUGAGGAAAAUGGAACUUCAAUGGAGGUUAAGAUUGUUGCAGAGCCAACCCAAGAGACUUGGUCUAGUGUUUUCCUUCGUCAAGCCUCAGUCUAUGGUGUAGCUGCUGGUUAUUGCCUCUCGGCUUCUCUUCUCUCCAUCAUCAACAAAUGGGCUAUCAUGAAAUUUCCUUAUCCCGGUGCGUUGACCGCUAUGCAGUACUUUACAAGUGCAGCUGGUGUUUUGCUCUGUGCUCAGAUGAAGCUAAUCGAGCAUGAUUCGCUUAAUCUCUUGACAAUGUGGCGCUUUCUUCCUGCUGCUAUGAUAUUCUACUUGUCUCUGUUCACCAACAGUGAGCUUCUCCUCCACGCUAAUGUCGAUACUUUCAUUGUCUUUCGCUCCGCUGUUCCGAUUUUUGUUGCCAUUGGGGAAACGCUUUUCUUGCACGAGCCGUGGCCGUCUGUCAAGACCUGGGGAUCUUUGGCUACUAUAUUUGGGGGGAGUUUGAUUUACGUGUUCACGGAUUACCAGUUUACAAUCGCAGCGUAUAGCUGGGCUCUUGCGUAUCUGGUGAGCAUGACCAUAGACUUUGUUUACAUCAAGCAUGUGGUUAUGACGAUUGGCUUGAACACUUGGGGUCUUGUUCUCUACAAUAACCUCGAGGCUCUGCUUUUGUUUCCCCUCGAGCUGCUUAUAAUGGGAGAGUUAAAGAAGAUAAAGCACGAAAUCACCGACGAGACUGAUUGGUACUCGUUCCAAGUGGUUUUACCUGUGGGUUUAUCGUGUCUAUUCGGCUUAGCCAUCUCUUUCUUCGGGUUCUCAUGUCGCCGGGCCAUUUCUGCAACGGGAUUCACUGUUCUUGGAAUUGUGAACAAGCUGUUGACAGUUGUGAUCAAUUUGAUGGUCUGGGAUAAACAUUCAACGUUUGUUGGAACCUUAGGGCUCUUGAUUUGUAUGUUUGGCGGAGUCAUGUAUCAGCAAUCUACCAUCAAGAAACCUAAGGCUGCACAAGAAGCUAAACCGCAAGAGCAAGAUGAGGAACAGGAGAAACUGCUGGAGAUGCAGGAAAACAAGGAGAGCAACAGCAUAGAUAUAAAGGAAGCUCCGAUAUCAGAAGAGAAACGAUAAUCAUAUCCAUCCACUGCAGAUGGUAAAUCAGAAGAGAAACUAUGAUUCUGAUGUGUUGAACUUGCAGUGGCUGUAGUUUUCUCUGUACUGAUACGAUAUCGUUUUCAAUUAAAGAUUGUAGUUAGUGGGUUAUGCAAUUCUUUUGUAACUAGAAGUAAGACUACAGCGUUCCUGAUCCAGUAGUUGAAUAAUAUGGUUUUCUUGAUUACCUUUUGAUGUGUUUCGUUGCUACAUUGUGUUCGGAUUUGUUUCUUGGACCUGAUUUAUGUGCGAGUAAAGGAUUCAUUCUUAUG